AUGGAAGUAUGUAACGUGGGCAGUUUGAGCAACAGGAGUUAUGGAAGUUACGUGGGCAGUUUGAACAACAGGAGUUAUGGAAAUUACGUGGGCAGUUUGAACAACAGGAGUUAUGGAAGAAACGUGGGCAGUUUGAGCAACAGGAGUUAUGGACGUAACGUGAGCAGUUUGAGCAACAGGAGUUAUGGAAGUAACGUGGGCAGUUUGAGCAACAGGAGUUAUGGAAGUAACGUGAGCAGUUUGAGCAACAGGAGUUAUGGAAGUAACGUGAGCAGUUUGAACAACAGGAGUUAUGGAAAUUACGUGGGCAGUUUGAACAACAGGAGUUAUGGAAGUAACGUGAGCAGUUUGAGCAACAGGAGUUAUGGAAGUAACGUGAGCAGUUUGAGCAACAGGAGUUAUGGAAGUAACGUGAGCAGUUUGAGCAACAGGAGUUAUGGAAGUAACGUGACCAGUUUGAGCAACAGGAGUUAUGGAGGUAACGUGACCAGUUUGAGCAACAGGAGUUAUGGAAGUAACGUGAGCAGUUUGAGCAACAGGAGAUAUGGAGGUAACGUGGACAGUUUGAGCAACAGGAGUUAUGGAGGUAAGUGGGGCAGUUUGGGCAACAGGAGUUAUGGAAGUAACGUGGGCAGUUUGAGCAACAGGUCUUAUGGAGGUAACGUGGGCAGUUUGAGCAAUAGGAGUUAUGGAGGUAACGUGAACGUGAUCAAUUUGAGCAACAGGAGUUAUGGAGGUAACGUGAGCAGUUUGAGCAACAGGAGUUAUGGAAGUAACGUGGGCAGUUUGAGCAACAGGUCUUAUGGAGGUAACGUGGGCAGUUUGAACAACAGGAGUUAUGGAGGUAACGUGAACGUGAGCAGAUUGAGCAACGGGAGUUAUGGAAGUAACGUGAGCAGUUUGAGCAACAGGACUUAUGGAAGUAACGUGAGCAGUUUGAGCAACAGGAGUUAUGGAGGUAACGUGAGCAGUUUGAGCAACAGGAGUUAUGGAAGUAACGUGAGCAGUUUGAGCAACAGGAGAUAUGGAAGUAACGUGAGCAGUUUGAGCAACAGGAGUUAUGGAGGUAACGUGAGCAGUUUGAGCAACAGGAGUUAUGGAAGUAACGUGAGCAGUUUGAGCAACAGGAGAUAUGGAAGUAACGUGAGCAGUUUGAGCAACAGGAGUUAUGGAGGUAACGUGGGCAGUUUGAGCAACAGGAGAUAUGGAGGUAACGUGGACAGUUUGAGCAACAGGAGUUAUGGAGGUAACGUGAGCAGUUUGAGCAACAGGAGUUAUGGAAGUAACGUGAGCAGUUUGAGCAACAGGAGUUAUGGAAGUAACGUGAGCAGUUUGAGCAACAGGAGUUAUGGAAGUAACGUGACCAGUUUGAGCAACAGGAGUUAUGGAGGUAACGUGACCAGUUUGAGCAACAGGAGUUAUGGAAGUAACGUGAGCAGUUUGAGCAACAGGAGAUAUGGAGGUAACGUGGACAGUUUGAGCAACAGGAGUUAUGGAGGUAAGUGGGGCAGUUUGGGCAACAGGAGUUAUGGAAGUAACGUGGGUAGUUUGAGCAACAGGUCUUAUGGAGGUAACGUGGGCAGUUUGAGCAAUAGGAGUUAUGGAGGUAACGUGAACGUGAUCAGUUUGAGCAACAGGAGUUAUGGAGGUAACGUGAGCAGUUUGAGCAACAGGAGUUAUGGAAGUAACGUGGGCAGUUUGAGCAACAGGUCUUAUGGAGGUAACGUGGGCAGUUUGAACAACAGGAGUUAUGGAGGUAACGUGAACGUGAGCAGUUUGAGCAACAGGAGUUAUGGAAGUAACGUGAGCAGUUUGAGCAACAGGAGUUAUGGAGGUAACGUGAGCAGUUUGAGCAACAGGAGUUAUGGAGGUAACGUGGGCAGUUUGAGGAACAGAAAGUAUGGAAGUAUCUUAGAUAAACAGGUACAGUUUGAGCAACAUGAGCAGUUAGAUAAACAGGUACAGUUUGAGCAACAUGAGCAGUUAGAUAAACAGGUACAGUUUGAGCAACAUGAAUUGUUUGAGCAACAUGAGCAGUUAGAUAAACAGUGGAAUAGCAGGAGCAGGCGGGUCACAAAAGCAGUGAGAGAAGUAGGAGUAUUUGUAGUUACUGGAAAAGUGAGCAGGAACAAGUAUGAGCUGUGGGAUGUUACAGUGAUGUUAGAGUAG